AUGUCCCCCCGAUAUUCAUACAGUCAUCUCUCCGAUAUUCUUAAGCUCUAUCCAGACGAUGAACCCCACUGUGUCGGCCACGCCCCCUCCCAAAAACGUCGUUGUCUCGCCCCCACCAACGCUAGAAGCCGUAAUGAGGCACGCCGCCUCAUUGAUCAAGGGACCAGCAUGAUUCAGGCCGGGCAGUGUAUCGAUAGCCUGCUCUAUGACCUGGCUCCACUUGUUCUCUGCACGAGGUGGCAUCAGGGCCAGGCUUGCAAUUUGGCAAAUUCAUGGAUUUCACAAGUCAGUGGCUACAUGACAGGACAGAAUACCACCAGGCAGUCGAGUUUACUGUAUAAUUCGUGGCAGUCGACUCAGACGUAUACGCCUUGGCAGCCGCAGCUACAAUUCCCACCACAGCUCCAAUCACCGCUUCAACCACAGCCACCGCCUGCAUAUGUUGAUACAAAUGCAACGGGUAGAAUUUCGGAGCUUACAAGAAAGGUGCAGGCUGCUGAGAAGGAGGUGAAGAGGGCACGUAAGAGGGAGGAGAGGGCGAAGAGGGAAGCCGAACGUAUCAGGCAGGAUACCCAGAGCUUGGUGAGGAGAAGCGUGGCAAUGGGAUUUGCCAGGGGACAAGAGGAAGCAGGAAGGAAUGCUUCUGGGGUACAUGCCGCUGCGAUGACCGGACAAGUGCAUGAAUUGCGAAGGGGUGAUUUGGUGUCACCACGCAGAGAGGGGACUCGUGGACGAGGUGUUGAUAUCACCCCACGGAUUGGCACUACGACUACUAUAAAUGGGGAUUCACAGACUAACGCCACAAACAAUCAGCAAAGUCAGCGUGCUGCUAAUGCGGCCUCCGUAUCUGAUGCCAGCAACAACCGCAGUGGACCGUCUACACCAACAUCUACUGAACAACGUGCUGUCAACGCUACCUCGGUAUCUAACUCUGCCGAUACAUAUAGGGCCAGCAACACAUCAGCUACUUCGCUCUCUACUGAGCAACCCACCGUCAGUUCCAACUCCGUAUCCAGCACCGUUGACACCAAUACCACCAGCGCACCAGCUACCCCAUCUCCUACUACCGAUCGACGUGCUGUCAAUCCAAAUUCCAGCACCACCAGCACCACCAGCCCAAGCAGCACUUCCAACUCAAGCAACACAGAAGUCUCGACUCCCAACCCCACCACUCCAUCAACUCCCCAAGACACCCCUUCCCAGCCAGAACCAGCCCUAAUCAUACAAACCCAACCCACACUUACACCUGCUCCCUCCCUCACCCCUCCUCCAACCCCUCCACCAACGAUCACCACCCACGGCAUUACCCGUCAACCCAUCGACGGCGAGUGCUGCAUAUGCAUUCUCCCUCUCCUCGAAGACCCUAACCCCAACCACAACCACAACACCAACACCAACACCAACAACCUAGUCUGGUGUCAAAAACAAUGCGGCGUGAACAUCCACAGCUCCUGCAUGAACGAUUGGCUGGCCUCAUCACUCGGCCGAAACCUUGAUCCAACAUGUCCAAUAUGCCGUACAAGAUGGUAG